AUGGGGGAGUUGAACUACUUUCUCGGUCUUCAAAUCAAGAAACUUAAGGAAGAGUUGUUUGUGUGUCAAACAAAAUAUUUCAACAAAUUGCUGAAGAAAUUAUGUAUGGAAGAUGCAAAAUCAAUUGACACUUCAAUGCCAACAAAUGGAAACUUAGAAAAAGAUGAAAAUGUUAAGGAUGUUGAUGUCAAGAAGUAUAGAGGUAUGAUUAAAUCUCAUAUAUAUCUUACUGCAUCUAGGUCGAACAUUAUGUUUAGCGUGUGUAUGUGCGCUCGUUAUCAAUCGGCUCCUAAGGAAUCACAUUUAAAAGCCAUAAAGCGCAUCCGUAGAUAUCUUCAUGGUAUAUCUAAAUAUGGGAUUUGGUAUUCCAAAGGAAGCAAGUGUAAUUUGGUUGGUUAUACCGAUUCCAAUUUUGCCGGUUGUAAAUCGGAUAGGAAAAGUACUAGUGGAACUUUUCACAUGUUUUAA